AUGCGAACAGGGACACACAUUACAUUACACUGCAACAUGAAUGAUGGCGGAUCUGGCACUUGUAUAGGAAACAAAGUCAGACGAUUCUGAAACCAGUCACGUUUUCCUGAUCCAUCGAAACCGAAGCUUUACUUUCGCUGAGGUUCAUCCUGUGUAUGCCCUCACCUGCUGUGUUACCUGAAAUGAGCGAUCCUCUGCUUAACCCAUUGACCGUCAUAUGUGCGGGAUCCUGCUUUGCCUUCUCUGGACUGUUUUAUAAACUAUACUUGGAUAAAAGACGAGAAAUAGAGAAGUUGAAGGAGAUCCCAAACUUUCAGCCAGACCAUCACCUGUUGAGGAUUCUCAAUGCAUCACCCAACAAAAGACUUCAUUAUGUUGCUGUAGAUGGUUUGGUGCAGGCCAUUGGUGAGCCCAUUUCCAGUCAGUAUGUGCCACGGUGUCAUGGUGUUAUACAGAAAAUUUCUGUGCAAGAGCACUGGAAAUAUUGGAACUCUUAUAUAAAGUCAUGGGUCUCCAAAAAAAUGAACAAGAAACAAACCACCAACACGGUUCCCUUCAGUCUGGUCCAGCCUGGCUCAUACAUCAGUGACGUUUCCGUCCGCGUGGACUCUCCUCUGGAAGCAAGCGGUGAUUACCUCGAGCAGGUGCACAAGCGACUCCGGCAUGCUAAAGAGGGGCUGGUGGACAUCGUGGUGCAGGAGUUGAGCGGUGAGAGGCCUGUAGCUCAAGAGGAAUGGGAGGAGCUGCUGCGUGUGGGGGCGUCCCUCACAGGUUUCGGAGAACUCGUGCUGGAGCAGGAUAAAGUGAUGAGGUUACAGCCGCCCAAAGAUGGCCGCAGCUACAUUCUGAUUCCCGGUGAUUAUAAGAGCUUCAUCCAGCGACACGAGAGCAGCGCCAUCAUGUGGAAAGGGCUGAUGGCAGUGUUUGGAAUCACAGGGUUUACGCUGCUGGCUGGUUUCAUCCAUAGUGCCAUUAAUAAGGACAAGAAGAACUAGUCUGGGUUAUAUACUACACUUACAAUAAUAGAUUAACUGGUUUGUGUGGUUUUAACAUUUGUUGUGGCUCUUCACAUGGGAGUGUGUUUGAAUCCGGUGAAACUUACUUCAAUAUGCUUUUCAUUUGAAUAAUGAUAAUUCUUAUGGUGACAUUUAUGAUUGUUGAAGAUAAAUAUGAAAUAUGCAAAAUCAUGACAAUAAUAAACAACUGUUUGCUACAGUCUUCCAGUUUGACAAAUUUUUCCAGUGUCGUGCACUUCAAGAAGUGACCCAAACAAUCUUUUCAUAUCAGUGUUUAUUUUUAUAAAUGCAAAAUUAUUUCAUCCCCUUUUCUAAAUGUUACAAUCUGCAUUUGUCUGAAUUGCCUUUGCCUUGAAUGUAAGAGCUUAACAUUAAAAUUUGUAAUCCA